AUGUCUUUCUCAAACAAAGUCAUGUUCUUAUUGUUCUUAUGCACUUGGGGUUCCAAAGCUGAUGACCCUUUAGGUGAAUUCUGCAAUAGAAAUACCAACAUUAGCAGUGGAGGAAAAAUAUCUGCCAAUAUUGAUAAACUAUUGGCUGAACUAGCCCUCAGAACUCCCUCCACUGGCUUUGUUGCCACCACAUACGGAAAAGAUCACGACAAAGUCUAUGCACUGGCUCAGUGUAGGGGAGAUGUGAGCACUCACGAUUGCUCUAAUUGUAUUCAGGAUGCUACAAAGCAAAUUCGCGAACGCUGUCCAAACCAGGCUGAUGCAAGGAUUUGGUAUGACUAUUGCUUUCUAAGGUACAACAUCGAGAGUUUCUUUGGUGAGGUUGAUACAUCUUUUGGUAUAUUUUAUUUCAAUGUUGAAAAUGUAACUGACCCUGAAGCUUUUAAUAAAAAGCUUGGGGCUUUGAUGGAUCACAUUAGAGCACAAGCUGUGAUGCCUAAUGAGAAAGGGCUUGGGAAGGGAAAAUCUGUGCUGUCCCCAUUUGUGACACUCUAUGCAUUGGUGCAAUGCACAAGGGACCUGUCAGAGAUCUCCUGUGCUCAGUGUUUGGCUAUUGCAGUGAACAACUUCGCCAAUUUUUGCAGCCAUCGUAAAGGGUGUAGAGUGCUCUACAGUUCUUGCUAUGUUCGAUAUGAACUCUAUCCUUUUUUCUUUCCUCUUGAUUCUAACAAAACAGAACCUUCCAAUGUAGUAAGAGUCAGCGUUUACAGUUAA